GUUUUUCCACCUCUACCGAGAACCAAGAAACCGAUGACAGGGCGAAUUUGGUCACACCGUGAGUUCAAGUGGAGCGGCAAGAUAUUAUCCCCCAGGCGUCGCUGUGGCACGAUGCGUUUUCUUUGUGAUGUUUGUGGCAAAGGAUUUAUAGCUGAGAACCAUCUGAAAAGACAUACCACCAGUCACAAGAACAAUCAGAUGGCGGAAAUAAGCAAAAGGAAGCCUCUUGGAAGUAAGAACACGUAUCGAAGUCCGUCGCAGAAAAAUAGGACCCUAGAAGACCACAACAAUGAUCGUCUGGAAAGCAUUUCUCCCAGAAAAAUUCGUAGUUCCGCAGAACUUCCAUGUCCGCAAUGCUAUAAAUGUUUUGACUCACAGGACAAGCUCGAAUUUCACAUUGAUAAGAUGUGCCAUGAACGUAGUCUAGGAAGACAUCAACAAGAGCACAUUCCACUGGCAGCCUUUGAGGGCCCGCGAUCAUUCUCGAACAUGAAUGAGCUGAGGGAGCCCCGUGUCAAGCACAGCGACAAUGGCCUGUUUAAGUGCCAAGAAUGCAAUGCAGUAUUCAUCAACAUCCUUUAUCUGCAGAUCCACAGUAAAGAGCACACUAAUGAGCAUAGGCAUCGUAGUCUGUUGAGACAUACCAAGAACGACAUUGCAAUGACAGCCUUACAGUGCACGCGUUGCCCGCGCUCAUUCCCGAACAUCCGUGAGGUGAUGAAGCACCGUGUCGAGCACAGCGGCGUUGGCCUGUCUAAAUGCCAAGAAUGCAAUGCAGUAUUCAUCGACAUCCUUUAUCUGCAGAUCCACAGUAAAGAGCACACUAAUGAGCAUGGGCAUCGUAGUCUGUUGAGACAUACCAAGAACUACAUUCCAAUGACAGCCUUAGAUUGCACGCGUGAGGUGAUGAAGCACCGUGUCAAGCACAGCGGCGUUGGCCUGUUUAAGUGCCAAGAAUGCAAUGCAGUAUUCAUCAACAUCCUUUAUCUGCAGAUCCACAGUAAAGAGCACACUAAUGAGCAUAGGCAUCGUAGUCUGUUGAGACAUACCAAGAACGACAUUGCAAUGACAGCCUUACAGUGCACGCGUUGCCCGCGCUCAUUCCCGAACAUCCGUGAGGUGAUGAAGCACCGUGUCGAGCACAGCGGCGUUGGCCUGUUUAAAUGCCAAGAAUGCAAUGCAGUAUUCAUCAACAUCCUUUAUCUGCAGAUCCACAGUAAAGAGCACACUAAUGAGCAUAGGCAUCGUAGUCUGUUGAGACAUACCAAGAACGACAUUGCAAUGACAGCCUUACAGUGCACGCGUUGCCCGCGCUCAUUCCCGAACAUCCGUGAGGUGAUGAAGCACCGUGUCGAGCACAGCGGCGUUGGCCUGUUUAAAUGCCAAGAAUGCAAUGCAGUAUUCAUCGACAUCCUUUAUCUGCAGAUCCACAGUAAAGAGCACACUAAUGAGCAUGGGCAUCGUAGUCUGUUGAGACAUACCAAGAACUACAUUCCAAUGACAGCCUUAGAUUGCACGCGUGAGGUGAUGAAGCACCGUGUCAAGCACAGCGGCGUUGGCCUGUUUAAGUGCCAAGAAUGCAAUGCAGUAUUCAUCAACAUCCUUUAUCUGCAGAUCCACAGUAAAGAGCACACUAAUGAGCAUAGGCAUCGUAGUCUGUUGAGACAUACCAAGAACGACAUUGCAAUGACAGCCUUACAGUGCACGCGUUGCCCGCGCUCAUUCCCGAACAUCCGUGAGGUGAUGAAGCACCGUGUCGAGCACAGCGGCGUUGGCCUGUUUAAAUGCCAAGAAUGCAAUGCAGUAUUCAUCGACAUCCUUUAUCUGCAGAUCCACAGUAAAGAGCACACUAAUGAGCAUGGGCAUCGUAGUCUGUUGAGACAUACCAAGAACUACAUUCCAAUGACAGCCUUAGAUUGCACGCGUGAGGUGAUGAAGCACCGUGUCAAGCACAGCGGCGUUGGCCUGUUUAAGUGCCAAGAAUGCAAUGCAGUAUUCAUCAACAUCCUUUAUCUGCAGAUCCACAGUAAAGAGCACACUAAUGAGCAUAGGCAUCGUAGUCUGUUGAGACAUACCAAGAACGACAUUGCAAUGACAGCCUUACAGUGCACGCGUUGCCCGCGCUCAUUCCCGAACAUCCGUGAGGUGAUGAAGCACCGUGUCGAGCACAGCGGCGUUGGCCUGUUUAAAUGCCAAGAAUGCAAUGCAGUAUUCAUCGACAUCCUUUAUCUGCAGAUCCACAGUAAAGAGCACACUAAUGAGCAUGGGCAUCGUAGUCUGUUGAGACAUACCAAGAACUACAUUCCAAUGACAGCCUUAGAUUGCACGCGUGAGGUGAUGAAGCACCGUGUCAAGCACAGCGGCGUUGGCCUGUUUAAGUGCCAAGAAUGCAAUGCAGUAUUCAUCAACAUCCUUUAUCUGCAGAUCCACAGUAAAGAGCACACUAAUGAGCAUAGGCAUCGUAGUCUGUUGAGACAUACCAAGAACGACAUUGCAAUGACAGCCUUACAGUGCACGCGUUGCCCGCGCUCAUUCCCGAACAUCCGUGAGGUGAUGAAGCACCGUGUCGAGCACAGCGGCGUUGGCCUGUUUAAAUGCCAAGAAUGCAAUGCAGUAUUCAUCGACAUCCUUUAUCUGCAGAUCCACAGUAAAGAGCACACUAAUGAGCAUGGGCAUCGUAGUCUGUUGAGACAUACCAAGAACUACAUUCCAAUGACAGCCUUAGAUUGCACGCGUGAGGUGAUGAAGCACCGUGUCAAGCACAGCGGCGUUAGCCUGUUUAAGUGCCAAGAAUGCAAUGCAGUAUUCAUCAACAUCCUUUAUCUGCAGAUCCACAGUAAAGAGCACACUAAUGAGCAUAGGCAUCGUAGUCUGUUGAGACAUACCAAGAACGACAUUGCAAUGACAGCCUUACAGUGCACGCGUUGCCCGCGCUCAUUCCCGAACAUCCGUGAGGUGAUGAAGCACCGUGUCGAGCACAGCGGCGUUGGCCUGUUUAAAUGCCAAGAAUGCAAUGCAGUAUUCAUCGACAUCCUUUAUCUGCAGAUCCACAGUAAAGAGCACACUAAUGAGCAUGGGCAUCGUAGUCUGUUGAGACAUACCAAGAACUACAUUCCAAUGACAGCCUUAGAUUGCACGCGUGAGGUGAUGAAGCACCGUGUCAAGCACAGCGGCGUUGGCCUGUUUAAGUGCCAAGAAUGCAAUGCAGUAUUCAUCAACAUCCUUUAUCUGCAGAUCCACAGUAAAGAGCACACUAAUGAGCAUAGGCAUCGUAGUCUGUUGAGACAUACCAAGAACGACAUUGCAAUGACAGCCUUACAGUGCACGCGUUGCCCGCGCUCAUUCCCGAACAUCCGUGAGGUGAUGAAGCACCGUGUCGAGCACAGCGGCGUUGGCCUGUUUAAAUGCCAAGAAUGCAAUGCAGUAUUCAUCGACAUCCUUUAUCUGCAGAUCCACAGUAAAGAGCACACUAAUGAGCAUGGGCAUCGUAGUCUGUUGAGACAUACCAAGAACUACAUUCCAAUGACAGCCUUAGAUUGCACGCGUGAGGUGAUGAAGCACCGUGUCAAGCACAGCGGCGUUGGCCUGUUUAAGUGCCAAGAAUGCAAUGCAGUAUUCAUCAACAUCCUUUAUCUGCAGAUCCACAGUAAAGAGCACACUAAUGAGCAUAGGCAUCGUAGUCUGUUGAGACAUACCAAGAACGACAUUGCAAUGACAGCCUUACAGUGCACGCGUUGCCCGCGCUCAUUCCCGAACAUCCGUGAGGUGAUGAAGCACCGUGUCGAGCACAGCGGCGUUGGCCUGUUUAAAUGCCAAGAAUGCAAUGCAGUAUUCAUCGACAUCCUUUAUCUGCAGAUCCACAGUAAAGAGCACACUAAUGAGCAUGGGCAUCGUAGUCUGUUGAGACAUACCAAGAACUACAUUCCAAUGACAGCCUUAGAUUGCACGCGUGAGGUGAUGAAGCACCGUGUCAAGCACAGCGGCGUUGGCCUGUUUAAGUGCCAAGAAUGCAAUGCAGUAUUCAUCAACAUCCUUUAUCUGCAGAUCCACAGUAAAGAGCACACUAAUGAGCAUAGGCAUCGUAGUCUGUUGAGACAUACCAAGAACGACAUUGCAAUGACAGCCUUACAGUGCACGCGUUGCCCGCGCUCAUUCCCGAACAUCCGUGAGGUGAUGAAGCACCGUGUCGAGCACAGCGGCGUUUGCCUGUUUAAAUGCCAAAAAUGCAAUGCAGUAUUCAUCGACAUCCUUUAUCUGCAGAUCCACAGUAAAGAGCACACUAAUGAGCAUGGGCAUCGUAGUCUGUUGAGACAUACCAAGAACUACAUUCCAAUGACAGCCUUAGAUUGCACGCGUGAGGUGAUGAAGCACCGUGUCGAGCACAGCGGCGUUGGCCUGUCUAAAUGCCAAGAAUGCAAUGCAGUAUUCAUCGACAUCCUUUAUCUGCAGAUCCACAGUAAAGAGCACACUAAUGAGCAUGGGCAUCGUAGUCUGUUGAGACAUACCAAGAACGACAUUGCAAUGACAGCCUUACAGUGCACGCGUUGCCCGCGCUCAUUCCCGAACAUCCGUGAGGUGAUGAAGCACCGUGUCGAGCACAGCGGCGUUGGCCUGUUUAAAUGCCAAGAAUGCAAUGCAGUAUUCAUCGACAUCCUUUAUCUGCAGAUCCACAGUAAAGAGCACACUAAUGAGCAUGGGCAUCGUAGUCUGUUGAGACAUACCAAGAACGACAUUGCAAUGACAGCCUUACAGUGCACGCGUUGCCCGCGCUCAUUCCCGAACAUCCGUGAGGUGAUGAAGCACCGUGUCGAGCACAGCGGCGUUGGCCUGUUUAAAUGCCAAGAAUGCAAUGCAGUAUUCAUCAACAUCCUUUAUCUGCAGAUCCACAGUAAAGAGCACACUAAUGAGCAUAGGCAUCGUAGUCUGUUGAGACAUACCAAGAACGACAUUGCAAUGACAGCCUUACAGUGCAUGCGUUGCCCGCGCUCAUUCCCGAACAUCCGUGAGGUGAUGAAGCACCGUGUCGAGCACAGCGGCGUUGGCCUGUUUAAAUGCCAAGAAUGCAAUGCAGUAUUCAUCAACAUCCUUUAUCUGCAGAUCCACAGUAAAGAGCACACUAAUGAGCAUAGGCAUCGUAGUCUGUUGAGACAUACCAAGAACGACAUUGCAAUGACAGCCUUACAGUGCACGCGUUGCCCGCGCUCAUUCCCGAACAUCCGUGAGGUGAUGAAGCACCGUGUCGAGCACAGCGGCGUUGGCCUGUUUAAAUGCCAAGAAUGCAAUGCAGUAUUCAUCGACAUCCUUUAUCUGCAGAUCCACAGUAAAAAACACACUAAUGAGCAUGGGCAUCGUAGUCUGUUGAGACAUACCAAGAACUACAUUCCAAUGACAGCCUUAGAUUGCACGCGUGAGAUCCACAGUAAAGAGCAUGCUGGUGAGCAAGGGCAACUGGAGCGUAGCCGAGGAGCCACACUCUUUAGGGCUAAGAAACAGGUCGACUCCGACUCGAAGAAGAGUGUUUUAGAAAUGUUUUCCUGCCAUGACGCUAAUAGUCGCUCAAAGAGUCCAACAAUGCUAAAGAAGAUGGAGCUCACCGACCCCGACCCUGCUAUAUCAAGCCCCACAAAGAAGAGCUGCAUGACCCAAUCCUUGCCAAUAAAACAUGAAAAUACAUGCCAGCAGUGCGGUAAGAAAUUUACCUAUAAACAAGCCCUGACUAGGCACAUGCGUGUUCACACUGGCGAGCGUCCUUUCGAAUGCACGUAUUGCGAGAAGAAAUAUUCGCGCAAGGCUCAGCUAGAUGAGCACACUGCUACCCACACUGGCGAUCGUCCUUUCAAGUGCUUGGUUUGCGAGAAGAAAUUUAUUCGCAAGAUACACCUAGCUGAGCACACUCGUAUUCACACUGGCGACCGUCCUUACGAGUGCUUGACUUGCGGCCAGACUUUUCCGCGCAAGUAUACCCUGCUUAAGCACAAUCGUAUCCACACUGGUGAUCACCCUUCCGAUUGCCCCAAGAAAAAGGAAAAAAGCUUUGACGAAAGUUAUAAACUGGAGAUACACGAAAGAUUCACAUUUUCCACGAAAGCCACGCAACAUGCCGCCGCCGCUGUCUCAUCGGCAGGCGCCGAACCGCCAGGAGAAGAGAAAACUAGCGCGACUCCUCCCGCUGCAGCUCAGCCACCUACACCCACACCCACGCCAGUGCGAAAACCCAUUGUACCCUCGAACUAUCGGUUCAUUUAUCCCGAAUUCCUGCCCGACCCCAAAGUAGAGUGGCGCAAUCCGAUCCGUGAGAAGCUGGAACGCUCCGAUCCCCAAGCUGCGGGCAAGACAAGUCGCUUUGUCGGGAUUUGCAUAAAUCGUGACCGUUGUGGUCUCCGCGCUCGCUUCGUACUACGGAACGUGAUUGAUCACCAGGGCAUGGAGGUGGUCUACGAACUAUACGAUCCCACCAUUCAAAAGGUCGAAGUGCUACGUCUCGAGAAGCGGCUGGAUGACAACCUGUUUUACCUCCGUGACGCUCUGCCGGAGUUCAGCACGUUUGAUGAGAAGAUGGAAACCGAACAUCUAGAAGAGGGCGUUCCGCGGCCCUGGUUGGAGCGUUGGGAGCGCCAAAAUCUACGCGGUGUGGCGAAUAUUGAUCAGUAUAUUAAGGACAAGCACCGCAAAUCGGCGGAGAAGGUGCAAAAGCCUUGGGAGAAAAUGCAUUUGUCAUCCAUUCGUAGUCUAAGGAGACAUCAACAAGAGCACAUUCCACUGGCAGCCUUUGAGGGCCCGCGAUCAUUCUCGAACAUGAAUCAGCUGAGGGAGCCGCGUGUCAAGCACAGCGACAAUUGCCUGUUUAAGUGCCAAGAAUGCAAUGCAGUAUUCAUCAACAUCCUUUAUCUGCAGAUCCACAGUAAAGAGCAUGCUGGUGAGCAAGGGCAACUGGAGCGUAGCCGAGGAGCCACACUCUUUAGGGCUAAGAAACAGGUCGACUCCGACUCGAAGAAGAGUGUUUUAGAAAUGUUUUCCUGCCAUGACGCUAAUAGUCGCUCAAAAAGUCCAACAAUGCUAAAGAAGAUGGAGCUCACCGACCCCGACCCUGCUAUAUCAAGCCCCACAAAGAAGAGCUGCAUGACCCAAUCCUUGCCAAUAAAACAUGAAAAUACAUGCCAGCAGUGCGGUAAGAAAUUUACCUAUAAACAAGCCCUGACUAGGCACAUGCGUGCUCACACUGGCGAGCGUCCUUUCGAAUGCACGUAUUGCGAGAAGAAAUAUUCGCGCAAGGCUCAGCUAGAUGAGCACACUGCUACCCACACUGGCGAUCGUCCUUUCAAGUGCUUGGUUUGCGAGAAGAAAUUUAUUCGCAAGAUACACCUAGCUGAGCACACUCGUAUUCACACUGGCGACCGUCCUUACGAGUGCUUGACUUGCGGCCAGACUUUUCCGCGCAAGUAUACCCUGCUUAAGCACAAUCGUAUCCACACUGGUGAUCACCCUUCCGAUUGCCCCAAGAAAAAGGAAAAAAGCUUUGACGAAAGUUAUAAACUGGAGAUACACGAAAGAUAGGCGUCGUGUCCAUUGAGGAUGAAAUCGCUUGAAGCAUUUUUUCAUUGACAUGACUUUUCUUUAACUAAAUAUUUUUAAAACUAGGUUAGGUUAGGUUAUGAUCGUCUUCAUUUUAAAUUUGAAUAUUUCUGUACAUCUUGAUUAGUGCUUCCCUGCAGUAUUUAUUUCAAUAGAUUGCGUUUAUAUCCUUGUCAUUCUUUCACAUUCAAACUCAGGCGCGCAGCUCGACCACUAACCAUACAGUAUACCAUCCAGUCGAUAGUAUCGAAUGCCUGUGCUUUUCUCUCUUAUAUGUGGGAUUUGCUCUCUUUUAAUUGCUGGGAUAUAAACGUACUAUCUAUGGAGGAGCGAGCGCACCAAAUAAAGUAAGAACAAUGUGGAGAAAUAA